AUACAUUUCUCCAGAACGAGUAUGGAUAGCGCAUACUAUUAUGUACGUACUAAUGUUUCGGACGCACUAAAAAAUCUCACGUAGUGUUUUUGCAACUCAUUAGGGCGUACGUAUGGGAUUUCGGACGCAGCUUUAGAGAAAAUCGACAGAAAUCAGGAAUUUGAACAUUUCCUGCCACGUAACGGCGCAUGCGCAGGACAGCGCUGGUGCUGUGGCUACGUGUACCGGUCUGCGCUCUGCUACGUUUAGCUCCGCCGGCUAAACCUGCUGGAAACCUUUACAAAACACCCGCCAGAGUCAAACCAUGGGAGGCGCACAGAGCGUGGAGAUCCCGGGGGGAGGCUCGGAGGGCUACCACGUCCUGCGGGUCCAGGAGAACUCGCCUGGACACCGGGCAGGACUGGAGCCUUUCUUCGACUUCAUCGUCUCCAUCAAUAACACAAGACUAAACAAGGACAACGAUACGUUGAAGGACUUGCUCAAAGCCAGCGUAGAGAAGCCGAUCAAGAUGCUGGUUUACUCCUCCAAGACCCUGGAUCUGCGCGAGGCCACGGUGACCCCCAGCAACCUGUGGGGAGGACAGGGCUUGCUCGGUGUAUCCAUUCGUUUCUGCAGUUUCGAAGGAGCCAAUGAGAAUGUUUGGCAUGUGCUGGAAGUGGAGCCCAACUCCCCAGCAGCCCUGGCCGGCCUGCGGCCGCACACUGACUACAUCAUCGGCGCCGACACCGUCAUGAAUGAAUCGGAGGACCUGUUCUCUCUGAUCGAGAGCCACGAGGGGAAGGGCCUGAAGCUCUACGUGUACAACACAGACACAGACAACUGUCGAGAGGUGGUCAUUACACCCAACAGCGCCUGGGGGGGAGAGGGCAGCCUGGGCUGUGGGAUCGGGUACGGGUACCUGCACAGAAUCCCCACCCGGCCUUUUGAGGAAGGGAAGAAGAUCAGCUUCCCUGGGAACUCUACGAGCGAACCAGCCAGUCCGCUGAAGGACGGCUUCACCGAGGUCCAGCUGUCAGCGGUGAGUCCUCCCUCCUCCGCCCCCGUGUCCUCCAGCCUGGAAACUUCCCUCUCCGGCCUGUCAAUCAGCUCAGCCCCGCCCCCCAUGCCCAGCGAGCUGCAGACAGGUGUGCCCACGGUGCCCCUCCUGCCCUCCAGCAGCUCCUCCCUCACCCCCCUCUCCCCCCUCAACCCUGCAGCCUCCAGUUUCAGCCCUGGCUCCACGCUACCAGGCCUGAUGCACCUCCCAGGGGGACUCCCUCCCCUCCCCAACCUGCCCAACCUCAACCUGCCCCUCCCGGACCUCAGCGCCGUGUCACUAGCAGGACCCGGGUCAUUACCAGCAGCAGCCGGAGCCACAGUCCCAGGUCUGGCCGGCCUGCCGCCCCUGAACCUGCCGGGUCUGGCGUCGCUGCCCCCCCUGCCCACCCUGCCCACCAUGCUGCCCUCCCAGCUGCCCCCGCUGCUGCCCCAGGGCGGGCCCCCCCUCCUGCCCCAAGGCGGGCCCCCCCUCCUGCCCCCCACCGUCACGCCGUCGGCCCUGCCCGCCACAACCCCGGCCCCCACAGACGCCGAGCACACACCGGCCCCCGUGGCCCCCGCAGCCCCCGCCCCGGCCCUGGCACAGACAGCAUCAUAACCUGGAGAGGACGCUUCCUCUCGCCGGCAAACUUUAACACACCAGUUUCUCUCUUCCCCCCCCCCCCCCCCCCCCCCCGUCUGUCUUCCCGUGUUGUUUUUUUCUAUUUAUUUGGCCGAGAGAGAGCAGGCAGACGCAGCAGCAGAGCCGGUGAGGAAGCUGCUGGAGCCAUGAAGGAUAGAAGUGACGGCUGUAGAAAAAGGUCUGUGUUGCCAGAUUGUCCCAAAGCAGAGGAACUCGUACCAGCGCAGCUCCCUGAGCUGCCGGGAGGAAGACGACGGCUCGUCUUCGGCUCGUAGCUCGCAUCGCACGUCAAAGUCAAAAACAGAUCAAACUCUCCAGGGUUGUCCUUUUUCUGAUCUUGUUUCUUUUUUUUCUUUUUUUUAAGAAAAUGUAUAGUCAGUUUAUGUUAAAGGGACUGGAUGAUGAAAGGUUGAUGCCAAGUCGCUCAAAUCACAGUGACCCAAGAAAAGUCAAGAGAAAUUCUGCACUGCUGUAUUAAAGACGUAUAUGAACACGAAGCUCCAACCUUUAUUAUUGGUUAAUACGUCCCCCGAUCAGUAGCUUUAGUUCCCACACGUACAAUUUUAUUCAGAUCUCUUUCUGCUUCCACCUUUCUGGAAUUAAUCUGCAUUAUUUUGCACCACUUUUGCGUUAAAAACUGGUGGUUCCUUUGUGUCCCGUGUGAGUGCAGGACUAGUUAGUGCAGGACGGGGACGGGGACGGGGCUGACGUGCCGUUGGUGAAACGUUGGUGAUGCAGCGCAGCCUCUCGGCCAGAGCCAAGUGUGUGGCGGAGUCGCAGUACGACCACAGAUUGUUUCUGUUCAAGCUCUCUGAAACCGACCGAAUGCAAGGCAGCAAUAAAGCCAAAUGACUUUUA